AUAGGGCCCCUCCGGCCACACCGCCCUCUCACUACUUCUCCCUCGGACUCCUUGGUAGUCUGUUAGUGGGAGAUCCCUGUUGCCGUCCCUUCAUCUCCUUCAGCGCCCUGCGACCCUACAAGUCCCCAUCAUGCGUGAGUGCAUCUCCAUCCACGUUGGCCAGGCUGGUGUCCAGAUUGGCAAUGCCUGCUGGGAGCUCUACUGCCUGGAACAUGGCAUCCAGCCCGAUGGCCAGAUGCCAAGUGACAAGACCAUUGGGGGAGGAGAUGACUCCUUCAACACCUUCUUCAGUGAGACGGGGGCCGGCAAGCAUGUACCCAGGGCAGUGUUCGUAGACCUGGAACCCACAGUCAUCGAUGAAGUUCGUACUGGUACCUACCGCCAGCUCUUCCACCCUGAGCAGCUCAUCACAGGCAAGGAAGAUGCUGCCAAUAACUAUGCCCGUGGGCACUACACCAUUGGCAAGGAGAUCAUUGACCUUGUCUUGGACCGAAUUCGCAAGCUGGUAAAUAGUACUUUAUUUAAAGUGGAGAAAGACGGUGGGGGCUCAUGCUUGUAAUCCCAGAACUC